AUGGCACAUCUCGACCCCACCGACGAUCAAAUUCUACCACUGCCCAAGAUUCCUGGCUACCGGGAAACGCGAGACGCCGAUGGAAAGAUUACACUAGUCAAUGAAUCAGAAGGCAACAAAGAUGAGCGACAACCGAGGAAGACCGGAAGCGGGCACGAGAAGACGUCACAGAUGUCGCUGUGGGAAUAUGUCUACAGCGAGGAGUCGAAGAGAUGGCACGAGGAGAAGUUCACCGACGGUUCUCUAAAUCACCUCGUCAUCACGACUUCAGAAACUUGCAUUCCUUUUCGGGAAGACGACGACUACAUUGACACCAACGGGAAAUGCAUACUUGUCGCUGCGAGACACAAGGAAAAUGGCAGCUUCCCAAACGAUUGGAUCGCGGUGAAGAAAAUCCUACUCAGAGGCUCCGAACAGGCAGUCAACGAGGCCAAAAAGAAAUUCAGGCAGGAAAUCCACAACAUGCAGGAUCUUUCCAAAAGGCGACAUCACCACAUUAUCGCUUUUAUUAGCUCUUACGAAAAAGGCGAAUUGAUGGGGAUUGCUAUGUUUCCUGUUGCGAAGUACAGCCUCAAGCACUUGCUCGAGGACAUGUCAAGAAAGAACGGAGAGAAGAAAGUGGAUUUCUCGGAGCAUCACCAUGUCUGGGCCAUGCUACGUUACUUUCUUUGUCUCUCCAGCGCCGUUGCAUGGCUCCAUUCCAUACCCGUAAAGCACAAGGACAUCAAGCCGGCGAACAUCCUCAUUGACUGCGCACAGUCAAUAAUCCUGGCCGACUUUGGUCUUUCCAGGGUCUAUGAAAGUAAAGAAGCAGCGGAUAUCUCUGGUGGCCGGACGGAAUACACUCUCACUUACGCCCCUCGCGAAGCAAUCGACUCCACCGACCGAAACCUCUCAACCGACUUAUUUUCCCUGGCCUGUGUCUUCCUUGAAAUGGUCACUGUAAUCUGUGGCGAGGCGAUCAAAACACUAAGAGGGGAACUUAAAUCACGAGCUGAUCCGCAAUCAGAUUCCAGACCAAAGUGUUAUGCCUCUUCGGAGGCUGAAAUAGGAGAUUGGAUCAAGUCCCUGAGGAGAAAGAGCACCCAUCGCGCUGUCCAGCCGCUUCUGGUGGAAGGACUUGAGAGGGCCGAGUCGCAAAGUUCCAACGUUUUCUCUUGCGACUUCCACAAGAGGUGA